CCCGCAAGGUUUUUUCCUCGUUUUCCAUUCGUCACUUCUCCACUGUGCGUUUACUCAGUGUAAUAGAAAGCAUGAAUCGCUCUGCAAAAGUGUUGAUCUUGAUUUCUUUCUUCUUGUUAUCAGUUAGCUCAAAUAUAAAUUUCGUUGAUGCAUUCUACGGAUCAUCAUCACCUGUUCUUCAGCUCACUCCUUCUAAUUUCAAGUCUAAGGUCGUAAAUUCAAACAGUGUUGUCCUAGUUGAGUUCUUUGCACCAUGGUGUGGCCACUGUCAGGCUUUAACACCAAUAUGGGAAAAAGCAGCUUCUGUCUUAAAAGGUGUAGCAACUGUUGCAGCCAUUGAUGCUGAUGCAAACCCAACUAUUGCUCAGGAAUAUGGUAUCAAAGGGUUUCCAACUAUCAAAGUCUUUGUCCCUGGAAAACCUCCUGUUGACUACCAAGGAGCUAGAGAAGCAAAACCAAUCGCAGAAUUUGCACUCAAACAAGUGAAGGCACUCCUUAAAGACAGAUUAAGUGGAAAAACUACAACUACUGAAUCAAGUGAAAAGAAAUCAGAGCCAAAUCUAUCAGUUGAACUCAAUUCAAAUAAUUUUGAUGAAAUGGUUGUUAAAAGUAAAGAUCUUUGGGUGGUUGAAUUCUUUGCACCUUGGUGUGGACACUGUAAAAAGCUUGCACCUGAAUGGAAGAAGGCUGCAAAGAAUUUACAAGGAAAGGUGAAGCUUGGACAUGUGAACUGUGAUGACGAAAAGUCUUUAAUGAGCAGGUUUAAGGUACAAGGUUUCCCAACUAUAUUAGUAUUUGGUGCAGAUAAAGAGAGUCCAAUCACAUAUGAAGGAGCAAGAACUGCAUCUGCAAUUGAAUCAUUUGCCCUUGUUCAGCUAGAAACAAAUGUUGCUCCUCCUGAAGUGACCGAGUUGACUAGCUCAGAUGUGAUGGAAGAGAAAUGUGGUUCGGCUGCUAUCUGUUUUGUUUCCUUCCUCCCUGAUAUUUUGGACUCUAAGGCUGAGGGAAGAAAUAAGUAUAUAGAGAUGCUUCUAUCAGUUGCUGAAAAGUUCAAAAGGAGUCCUUACAGCUACGUAUGGGCCGCAGCAGGUAAACAAGCGGAACUCGAGAAGCACGUAGGCGUUGGUGGCUACGGGUAUCCGGCUUUGGUCGCUUUAAACAUUAAAAAAGGCGCAUAUGCACCACUUAGAAGUGCAUUUGAAAAGGACCAAAUUAUUGAGUUUGUGAAAAUGGCGGGACUUGGUGGGAAAGGUAACCUUCCGUUAGAAGGGACACCUGUGGUUGUGAAAACGGAACCAUGGGAUGGGAAAGAUGGGGAGAUUAUUGAAGAGGAUGAGUUUUCACUUGAAGAACUUAUGGGUGGAGGAAGCGAUGAGAAAGAUGAGUUGUGAGUUUGAGUUGAAUGAAUUCGUGAUUGUGUUGGAGAAAAGAUUUUUGGGUUCGUUAUUCGAUGGUUGUGAGACAAUGGGCACCCUUGUAGUCUUCGUAAUUGUGGUGUAAUACUCGUGAUUUUAGAGUUAGUUGAUGUUUUGAAAAUGUCAUACGAGUAAAAGUUAUGAAAAGGUAAUUUGCGUAUUUUUACAAAUGCUUUAAAUGGAAAUAUCUUUUUGAGAAAAAAAAAUAUGAAUCAUUUGCCUCUAUUCUUUAUUUUUUUAAAACAAAUACCCUCAUAUGGAAUCAGGGUCAUAUGGGACUUUUUGACGUCUCUAGUUGUACGGUGUGUUGUCUCAUGAUACUUCUCAAACACAAGAA